AACGAAGUUGGUGUCCGCCAGGAUCCAGUUGGUGUAUUCUUCAGAUAUAUACGCGGAUUAUCGGAUACUUUUUCGUUAUAGCCGAGUGCAAAUUUUUAAUGAAGUUUUCGUCUUAUACUCCGAAGUACCUGAUUAGUGAUUAUUGUUUCUUUUGAAUUUAUUAGUGAGUCAUGUUGUGAAUCUAUUUUAUUUGUAGUUUUUUUUUUUUAAAUUAACUUCUUAUUUCGAUUGGAUAUCUUGUUUGAUUUCUAAAUACCAAAUCAAAAUGCCGGUUUAUUAUUUGCUAUUGACCAUAUUGUUAUGUAGCAACGAUGCAUUUAGUUACCUAGUCAAUAAAAGAAUAGUUAGGCAAAGUGGAUCCUAUAAUUAUUGCACAACACCGGAUAAUCAAUCUGGAACAUGUAUAAAUAUCAGAAAUUGCCCAAAUUUAUACCAACUACUGACAACGCGCGGACGCGAACCUGCAGUCGCAAAUUACCUAAGAAGAUCUCAAUGUGGAAUGGAAUACAAUUGGCCGAAAGUAUGCUGUAAUUUCAAUUCAGCAAAUGCUUCGCCUGUUCCAGUAGCUCCAGUAACUCCUACACCUACACGACCUCCUGUAACUCCUUCACCUACACCAGUGACUCCUGCGCCAACUUCUGCGACUCAAAGAACAACAAAAAUACGAGGAAACCCUACAACACCGAAUUACGCAUUAUGCGGAAGAUCGACUAGAAAAGAAGAGAAAAUCACCGGAGGGCGUAAUGCAACUUUGGGUGAUUGGCCUUGGAUGGUGGCGGUAGGAUAUCGUACUGCUUCAAACCCUGGCCCAUUGUUUCGAUGUGGAGGUAGUUUGAUUUCAGACAGAUGGGUCGUUACAGCUGCCCAUUGCGUGCAAAAUACCGGAAGUUUAACUUUGACAACAGCUCGAGUUGGGGAUCUUGAUUUGGAUGAAUACAACACUGAUGGAGCGUCACCAACUGAUAUUGCUGUAGAUCAGAUUAUUGCUCAUCCUGAAUACAAAGCGAGUCCUGUGGUGAAUGACAUUGCUUUAUUGCGGUUAAAGAAUCCGGUAACUUUCAGUGACUUGGUACGUCCUAUAUGUAUAUUGAGUAACAACGAACACAGAAGUGAUGGAUUUUAUUCCAAUAAACAACCAUUCAUUACCGGAUGGGGAGCAACUAAUUGGAAGGGACCAUCUUCGAAUAUAUUACAAGAAGCUCGAGUGGACAUUGUCGACCAGGAAACUUGUGCUAAAAAUUAUGCUAGUCAAAAAUCAGUUAUUGAUCAUCGAGUAUUAUGUGCAGGUGGCAUGGGAAAAGAUUCCUGUCAGGGUGAUUCUGGUGGACCUUUGAUGAUUCCUAUCAGAGCGUCGUAUUAUUUAGCUGGUGUUGUAUCCUAUGGUGUAAGAUGCGCUGAUAAAAACUUUCCUGGAGUGUACACCAGAGUUGCUCAGUUUUCUGACUGGAUCAAGCGUACGACGGGAGUUUAAAAAUAUAAUGUUGAAUACAUUACCUUUGUAAUUCGGAUCAUCGACUGCUUUUUUUUUUAUUAUUUUUAAAAUGUUCUUAUUUAAUUAUUUUUGUAUGAUUUGUAUGUGUUGAAAAAUAAAUUCUUUUUUUGUA